UUCACGGCUUCCACGACGCAAAUCGCCCAUAUUGCGCAGGUGUUACAGUCCAUCACCAGCGCCAAGACACAGGCGCUUCUCCAAAUCACGAACGAUGGCAUCAACUUGGUAACAGAAAACAACCACAUCUGCAAGAUUCGUCUUUCGCUCGACAAGACACUUUUUAGCAGUUAUAACCUCCAGCUACCCGAUGGGCGCAAAAUCGAAAUCGGAAUCGAUCUUAACUCUAUCAGCGACUGUUUCAACAUGGCCAACCAGAGUUUCAACGCUGCGUCACUUCUUCCGACAAACGGUGGGACUACGUUGGCACACCUGCACUUGUACGACAUCCAGUGCAUCAUCUCCUACCGGCGCCACGGCGAUCCAUUGGUUAUCGACUUCAAGGAUGGCAAGAUGAACGAGAAGGUGGAGUUUCUGACGUUUCACAUCGAUGAGACCUUGCAGCAGGAUAUGGUGUUGUGCAUCGACCAUCUGAUGCUUGUGUACGAGUUGAUGAUCAAGUCAGACGUUUUCCAUAACAUCUUGAAGGAUCUCAAAGAUAUAAACACGGAGGAUUUGUUCAUCUACACGCGUAUUCACAACGAGUUAAACUUUAUCUCUCGCGGUGAGAUUGGGUAUUCUAAAAUGAUGUUUCCCCAGGAACGGUCUAUUCUCGAGCAGUUGACGAUAUACAAGAAUUAUGACUCAGUCCCUGUGGACGACGAACUGCAGAUGCAAUCCGCCAUCAUCUCCCGGUACAACUACCCAAUUUUGAGCAAGAUCAUCCGCCCGGUGCGGCUCUCACACAAGACCAAGAUCAUGAAGGAUUCCCAGGGGUUAAUGUCGUUCCACUUGUUAAUCAACAACCACGAGCUUAACAACUACCAAGGGACGAUUAUUGAGUUCAAUAUCUUGGAGAUGAACGUAGAAGAGAUU